UCUCUCACCACUCACCAGAACCGAACUCAUUCUUAAGCAAUCAUUCAUCAAUCUCAAACUCAAUAUUAAAAAUCAAUUUUUACAUUGAAGAAAGAAAAGCAACAUCUUUGAGCCAAUAAUUUAAAUCUAUGUCAGACAGAGAAGAGGAAACUUUCAUUAUCGACAUCCCAAAAUCUCAGCGGCGCAUGCUGCACAGAGUGCCGGUGCAGCUGCGACGGGGCAAGACGCACAUUUAUGAGCCAGUAGUUGUUUCCCUGGGCCCAUACCACCACCGCCGGGAUCCACAGUUGGUGCUAUUGGAGCCAUUCAAGGACGAGCUACGAGAUAUUAUUUGCGGAGGCGCUGACCGAAAAAGCUCCCUUCUAAGCAACAUCUAUGAGCGGAUAGAUGAAAUUCGCCAUUUCUAUGGCGGAGCAGAUGGCUACACUGAUGAGGAAUUGGGUGAAAUGAUGCUUCGCGACGCUUGCUUCCUCAUAUGCUAUAUGCAUGGAUUAGGUAUGGAUGGGGACAUAACUAAUUCCCGGAUGCAUGAACGCAUGGGAGUGUCUGCUAUGUUGUUCUUGUCACGUGAUAUAUGUAUGCUGGAAAAUCAGAUUCCAUUAUGGAUCAUCUCCUUAAUACACCCUCGACACCAAUUAUUGUUGUGCCAGUACUUGAGCUACGAUUUUUAUGGGGAUUACAGUAUGACACAACUCCCAUGGACACAAGAAGAAGAAGGAGAAGAAGAAGAAGAGCCUCUUCACCUACUCGAAGCAUGGCGCCGCACCUCCCUUCGCCUUGUUGAGACCCAACAAAUUUCAAGUCUCUUUUGGCGGCUUAUCAAGAAAUAUAAUCAACCAAGGGAAUCAUCGAAUAAACUCACACCAAGUUUGUUGCAAGUGGUGGACAGUCCUUUUCGGUCGGUGUCAGAUCUGAUAGCAAAGGGUAUUCAUCUCCGGGGGAGUUCACGUUGUUUGACCGACAUCAGCUUCUUCUCCUUCGGCUUGUUCGCUCAACUCCACCUUCCUGUCUUGUUCGUCAGCGAUGAUGACAUAUUGAUCUACUCCAAUUUUAUUGCACUGGAGAUGUCGGAGGGAAUAGACACAGACUAUGGCGUGACAUCAUUCAUUAAUUUCAUGAAAACGUUGAUCAUAAAUGCUAAAGAUGUAAAGGUGCUGCGGGAGAAAGGCAUACUGAUCAGCGUGUUGGCAAGCGAUGAAGAUGUGCUUCAUAUAUUUAAAAGCAUCGAUACCUAUGGAUUCUCAAACUUUGGUCUUUUUUAUGAGGUGAAGAUGAGGAUUAAUGAGCACUGCAACAGCAAAACCAAGACAUGGAUGGCCGACCUCAUCAAUACGAAUUUUCGGAGCCCAUGGGCUGCUAUAGCUCUCGCUGCCGCCACUUUUCUGCUUUGCCUUACUUUUCUACAAACUUACUACACAAUCAAUCCACGCAACUAAACAAUUCCAUUUGAUUCCAUCUUCUGCUUUAUGUAUGUUUAUUGCUACUUGAUUUCACUUUUUGCUUCAUGUGUGUCUUUUAGAUUAAUUACUGUCCGUAAUGUAAGUUAAGUUGGAAAUCAAACUUAGCUACUAUCAUGCUAUAAGAAAAUAAAUGUGGACUAUUUGUUUUUA